CAUUUUUUUUAAUAAAGAUAAUAAUUAACAAGUUAAAUUAAUUAUUUAUUAAAAAUUAGAGAUUCAAUCCCCAGAUGAAGUUUAAUGUGCUUGUUCAUAAGUAUGAGGAAACAAAAAUGUGUGGCACAAGCAGCUGAGGUCAUCCAUACAAUUGGAAAUGGGGAAUCUGAUGUGCCCCGGGUUACAUGGUUGUGCGAUUUGAGGUUGUUCCUUUGUAGUGUCAUGCUAAAUGCUAAUGCUGUCAAGAACUCGAAAAUGUAUGAAAACUUGAAAAGGGAGAGUGAUAUCAAAUGGCCGUCUCACUGGCAGGGACCUUUGAUCCCUUCAUCUUUAAAUAAGCAUCCCAGCAAGAAGGAAUGGUGGAGAGAAUCUGGGGCGCAGAUUGUACUGGGGCUUUUUGAAAAUAACGAAUGGAAGCUUGCGGUAAAAAUAUAUCAGGGACCACAAAAUAUACAUAAAAAGGCACAUCAAUUUUUGCAGCCUGGCUCUACAAAUCGAUAUGCGCAAGCUAUUAUGUGGAAAGGAGGAAAGGAUUGGAUCUUGGAGUUUCCUGAUAGAAGCCAGUGGGCUCUUUUCGAGGAGAGGCACGAAGAGUGCUAUAAUCGUAACAUGCGUGCUGCUACAGUUAAAAAAUCCGUAUUCCUGGGAACAGCAUUUGUUCGCAGUUCUUCCAAAUGCUUGCGGUGGGUUCAAAAUGAAGUUGAGAUGGCCUUGAAUUCUGCACGGAUCUUAUACGACAUGGAUAGUGAUGAUGAGCAGCAAUGGCCAAUGGCCAUGUUUGAGAAGGUUGCAAAUGUUCAACAGCGUGAUAAUUUCUCAUCUGAAGAAACAAAGGAAUCGAUGGUUGGAAUUGAGCCAAUAGCAAUCAAAACUAUCUAUGAGCAUUGGAGGCAGAAGUGGCAGAGAAUGGGAAUGCCUUUAACCCAACAUCUUCAGCUGUCAUUCUCUUUAGCCCCAUUACAGUUCCCUCACCACUUUCAGGAAGAAGAUCAAAUGGGAUUUGCUUUUGGGGACGAGCAGUAUUUAUAUCCAGCCUAUAACUAUGAAUCUUUUGAUGAUUCCCUAUUAUCUCAGGCAUCACCAAGGGUAUUUUCACGACCAGAUACAGGCAGCAUGGGAUAUUUCUCCAUGGCCUAUGAUGGAUUUGAUAGGAAUCAUCACCAGAAACUUCAAAGAAGCAGUUCAAAGAAAUUUGGGUCUUUUCUACGUUUUAAUGAAAUGCAAAUGUUGGGUUCCUACAAUCAGAGGGACCUAAAACAGUUAGAUGGUUCCGAUAUCUACGAGUCCAGGCUGAGUGGUGCAUCUGCUGCAGCCGGCCAUGCACUUAAUAAUUUAAUAUGGCAAAGCUCAAGAGAGAAAAGGCACAUAGAUUGAUGUUCCGAGCAGAUGCAGCCGUCCACAAGGCUGUGGUUGCUCUAAUGUAAUGACUACUGAUGCAAUUAAAGCUUCCUAUAUAUGUGGAGUCUAAUGACAACCCAAAUGGUGAUGAGUAGGAUGAUGUGGUGCGGAAAUUAGUCAGAGCUUUGAGUUGUGCAAUUGAAGAGUACUCAAGGCAUUGGCAUUGCUUUUGCUUGCUGGUUUUACCAUUUCUUGUUAUGUUUGCCUGGAGCCCUCGUUGAAAGAUUCGAGAGGAAUGUUCUAACUAGAUGAGAGUUAUGGGCAAAAACAGAAGCAGCUCUGCACUUGUUCUUCAUGUUGUUGUUGCGGUUUAGGUAUGGAGCUCUACAGUUUCUCACCGGCUAGUUCUUUUUCCCGCAGCGGGUCAGCACAAUGGUUGUAUUGAUCCUGCGGGUAAGGGUUUGUACGGAAUUGGAAUUUUGGCUGCCGGUUGUUUUGUACAGAUUUUUUGUUAACCUUUUAUCCUCAGUCUUUGAUAGCGAAGUAGCAGUUGGCCAAAAUAAUACAUCCAUUACAGUUUC